CAGUCUCAAAAGAACAUGGCGGCUGACGACAAUUCAGAAGAUUAUUUUGUUAGAGAAAUAGAAAAGAAUGACGGGUCUGUUUUAAGAAUGUAUCAGUGCAGCAAAGGGGAUGUGGGCUGUGUGGUAUGGGACGCUGCUAUUGUCCUGUCAAAAUACCUCGAAACGGAACAGUUUAGCAGUGUUCAGUCUGGUGUUAGUGCGUGGUCCUCUAAGAACAUUAUUGAACUGGGUGCAGGAACAGGACUCGUGGGUCUUGUAGCUGCAACUCUGGGGGCAAAUGUUACAGUGACAGAUCUGGAAGACCUGCAGCCUCUCCUUGAACUAAAUAUUAAGAAAAAUCAGCAUCUCAUCCAUACAGGCUCAAUCACAGCCAAGGUACUGAAAUGGGGAGGAAAUGUCGACGAUUUUCUGCCGCAUCCUCAUUAUAUUCUGAUGGCUGAUUGUAUCUACUAUGAGCAGUCAGUGGAACCACUAGUGGAGACUCUGAAACUCUUGGCUGGACCGGAGACGUGUAUCAUCUGUUGUUAUGAGCAGCGCACUGUUGGUGUCAAUCCUGAGAUAGAGAAGAGAUUCUUUGAGCUCCUUCUGAAAGAGUUCCAGUCGGAGGAGAUCCCAUCUGAGAAACAAGACCCUGAGUUCAACAGUCCUGAUAUUCACAUUCUCCACCUGCGACGAAGACUCCAUUGAAUGUCUUAUGUGCUCUUCUGUUUGAAAUGGCGAGGAUGUUUUGUGUGUGUUUGUGUUUCAAUGGACUGUGGUGUUCUUGGUCAGAUGUUUGACACUGAACCAUAUGAAUGCAAACUAUUUUUAAGUGCUUACUGAGGUCAGCCUUACAGGAUUAAUUCACUCCAGAAUUAAAAUUUCGUCAUAAUUUACUCACCCCCAUGUCAUUCAAGAUGUUCAUGCCGGUCUUUCUUCAGUCAAAAAGAAAUUUUUGAGGAAAACAUUCCAGGAUUUUUCUCCAUAUAGCAGACUUCAAAGGGGACCAAACUGCAGUUUCAAUGCAGCUUCAAAGAUGCAAGUCUUGCACCAUUACAAAAAAAGGUAAAACGAUGUUAGACCAUUUUGAAGUUUGGAGAAGAAAAUGAGAUGCGUUUUUCACCCUACCUUUAAGAAGAAAACACAAGACGAGGAACUAGCCACACGUGGCCUGCGUGAAGUCGCAGAUUUGCAUUGCAGAGGUAGUGCAAGAUGAGCAUAUGUGGUUAAAAAGUAUAGAAAUUUGUAUUUUUUUUGUGUGAAAAUGGCAGAUAAUUUCGAUAGAUAAGACCAUUAUUCCUCUGGGAUCAAACUGUAAUUUGGACCUUCAACCCAUUGGUCUCGUUUGAAGUCCACUAUAUGGAGAAAAAUCCUGCAAUGUUUUCCUCAAAAACUUUCAUUUCUUUUUGACUGAAGAAAGAAAGAUUUGAACAUCUUGGAUGACAUGGGGGUCAGUAAAUUAUCAGAAGAUUUUAAUUCUGCAGUGAACUAGUCCUUUGUCAGCUUAGGUGUAUUUUUAGACAAACAAGUUUAAGUGAAUGGUUCUGAUUGCACCUAUGAUGAACUGGUAAAAAGUCUCAAAUGUUUUUUACAUACUGAUCCAGAGAAUUUUGAACUGAGUGUGAUCUGUAAAUAAACACUUUCUGAAAUGAAUAAAAAGCACUUUUGUUGAUACCAAAUUUUAAAAACCUUUAGAAAAUGCUAGAAAAGUCAUGCGAUUCAAUCAUGUAACCAUGUGAUUGUGUUAUUGCAGCCGCUUUUACAGGAGGGUCAGUUUUGUCCAUUUUCAUUCUGGGUCAUUGAAUGCAUUACUUUUGAGACGGCAAAAUUGUGGUUGCAGUGUACAGUAGAGAUGUUUAUUAAGUUGGCUUGAGAAAGCCAACUUACUAAAGUGCUAUUUAAAGUUCCAGUUAUUAUUCUUUUGAGACUGUAUCUCCUCCUAGAGCUUUCACUCUACAAACUCCAAACUCAGGUUGCUAUAUCUUUUCUAACUGAUCGGACUUACGAUUUUCCAAAAACUGACGAUUAAACCUGGGAAAAAUCCCAUAGACUUACAUUGACGGAAUGUUCAAAUGAGCAACACUAUUCAAACUACAACUGUCAGCAAUCCCAGAAUCC